AUGAAAAAGAACUCCAAUAGAAACCGAUUCCAGGAGUCGGCCGAGGAGAGGAAAGAUGAAGAGUUUGUGGUUAUCGAAGUACCUGCUAUGGGGGAGGAUGGCAUGAAAAUAGAUGGGGAACAUGAGGUAGGGAAGGAGGUACGUGAACAGGGUCAUGCAGAGGUGGACAAACCACAUGCAGAAGUGACGACCCCUACUAAUGCAAGUGUGGGAAGCCCUAAACCAGGAGCGAAGAGCCAAACAAAAUAA